UAUACUCACCCAUUUUCCAAUCUAACCACUUCAACCAUAUUCUACUAGUGAUCUCAUUAUUAGCAUCUGGUACAUUCUUUCUGCAGAAUACCCCACUUAUUAAUUCUUCAUUUUUCUCAUUCAUAAUAUAUUGUGGUACACACAGAUCAUACUCCCAGGCAGAAAAUAAAUUUAUUUGGCUGAAAAUGGGGAAGAAAGGAAGUGGUAAUUGGUUUUCCACAGUGAAGAAAGUCUUUAUUAAACCUUCUUGUAAGGAUUAUUUGCCAACAGAUCAUAAAAAGGAAAAAUUAGAGAACCAAUGCCAACAUGAAGCUCCAGAAGUUGUCUCAGUUGAAAAAAUUCGAGCAGAGAGUCGUUCAGAUCUUACAAUUAAUCGAGAGAGCAAUGAAAAUUCAUCAAUUUCAUUGGCUGAAGAUCGAAAUCAUGAUAUUCAUGUCAUUGAAGCCACUGUUGCAGCCGCUGAAGUAGCAACUUAUACAGCGCCGAACAUCGUGGAAUUAGAUGGAUACAACCAUAAGUCUAAAGAGGAAAUUGCUGCCACACUAAUUCAAUCCUGUUACAGGGGAUAUCUGGCAAGACGUGCUUUGCGUGCCCUGAGGGGAUUGGUGAAGCUGCAAGCUCUAGUGAGGGGGCAUAGCGUACGCAAACAAGCGCAAAUGAAAAUGAGAUGUAUGCAAGCGUUAGUACGGGUGCAGUCAAAAGUACGUGCACGAAGACUCCAGUUGCGGCAGAGCAAGGUGGUGGAAGAAGUGAAAUUGCGUUCCAAUAUUAGAGAAGAGAGCUUGUUGUUAAACAAACAAGAGACACACAGCAUUGAAAACACUAGAAGAAAACAACAGGUCUAUAAUGCUUAUCAGCAACAACAGAAAUGGUUGCACUCUGAUCUAGAUGAUGAAGAAUGUUUUGGCAAUGAGCAUGAAAAUCCACAACAAAGUUGGAAUUGGCUCGAUAGAUGGAUGGAUUCUCAACAUGUUGUACGACAAGAAGCCUCCUCUUAUGUGUCAUUAUCCAUCACAGAUGACAUAUCAGAGAAGACAUUUGAAUUGGACCCAUUGGGCCCUGAAGAUGUCAACUUAGCCCAUCAAACUGAAAAAAGCCCAUAUUCAUCCACUCAGUCCAACAAAGAUUCUGUCCCUAGCUACAUGGCUCCAACUAAAUCUGCAAAAGCAAAAAUAAGAAGCCCAGGCCCAAUAAAACCUAAAAGCCCACCAGGAGUGGCCCAAUGGAAUUCAACGCCCAAGAAGGUGACAGCCCGUAGGUGGAGCUAUGAUUCAUCCGCAAGAAGCCCAAACCCGAAAAUUUCUGCUAAAUGGAUGGCAACCUAUAGCCCUCAAACACGUGUACACGAUCGGACCUCACUAGUGGGACCCCCUGCUCGCAGUGACAUGGCGAUGACGUGGCGCGAAUGUGAAACACUUUCUCAUUAUGUGACUGGCCUAUGUGCGUCAGGGUUGAAAUAAAUUCACUUUUAAGUAAUUCAGGUGUAUAAUAGUCAUCGCAAUAGUAUAAGCGUGUAACUGACUUUUCGUGACAAGUUUAGAGGAAAAAUUUAUGCCUUUUCCCUAUUUAUUAUUUAAAGUUUUCUCACGGAAUAAAAUAAAGACAGAGGUUCCAUUUGAUAUGA